ACAAGUCCCAGCAGCUCCCGCUGCGGCCCGCGGCCGGCCCCCCUCGAUCCCCGGGAGCGCCUGGCGGGGCCGCUGGGCCGAGGGGGCCGCCGGCGGGCGAGCGGGCGGGGCGCUGGCUGCGGGCCCCGGGGGCGCCGGCGGGAGCGGCGGGCCGGGCAGGGGCGAGGGGCGCCGGGACCCAAGCUUCCCACAGAGGAGGAGUCCAGGAUGGAGAGAGGGGCAGAGCCAUGGAGUUGGGCACUGGAGGCCUCUAGUGCCAGAUCCCAUGACUUCCAUCCAGAUCCUGCCCUGGAAGCAGCUGGCACCUCCACAGCUGGGAUGCGGCGCUCGGUGCUGGUCAGGAACCCAGGCCACAAAGGCCCGAGGCCUGCUUACGAAGAGCUUGGCUCAGACUCAGAAGACCUGGACCCUGGCCCCGAAGACCCAGAGCCCGACCUGGAGGACCUCAACUCUGUCUCUGAAGACGUGGACCCCGGCUAUGAAGAGCUAGAGCCUGUCUCUGAUGAUCUGGACCCUGACGCGGGAACUCCAGGCUCCAUCUUGGGGACGGGUGCCAUGGAUGCCCAAGAUCUCGACCCCAUGUCUUCAAGUUUUGAUCUCGAUCCAGACGUCAUUGGCCCUGUGCCCCUGGUCCUUGACCCUAACAGCGACACCCUCAGUCCCCCAGAAGCCCCAGACCUGGACCCCCUCUCCUCCAGCCUUACUGCCACCCCGGAAGGCCUGGCCACCAGCCCGGCGGUGAUCCCUGCACCCGCCAGCCCGCCCCGGCCCUUCUCCUGCCCCGAUUGUGGGCGAGCCUUCCGGCGCAGUUCGGGGCUGAGCCAGCACCGCCGCACCCACAGCGGCGAGAAGCCCUACCGCUGCCCCGACUGCGGCAAAUCGUUCAGCCACGGCGCCACGCUGGCCCAGCACCGGGGCAUCCACACGGGCGCACGGCCCUACCAGUGCGCAGCGUGCGGCAAGGCCUUCGGCUGGCGCUCCACGCUGCUCAAGCACCGCAGCAGCCACAGCGGCGAGAAGCCGCACCACUGCCCCGUGUGCGGCAAGGCCUUCGGGCACGGCUCGCUGCUGGCGCAGCACCUGCGCACGCACGGCGGCCCGCGGCCGCACAAGUGCCCGGUGUGCGCCAAGGGCUUCGGGCAGGGCUCGGCGCUGCUGAAGCACCUCCGCACGCACACGGGCGAGCGGCCCUACCCGUGCCCUCAGUGCGGCAAGGCCUUCGGGCAGAGCUCGGCGCUGCUGCAGCACCAGCGCACGCACACGGCCGAGCGCCCCUACCGCUGUCCCCACUGCGGCAAGGCGUUUGGCCAGAGCUCCAACCUGCAGCACCACCUGCGCAUCCACACUGGCGAGCGGCCUUAUGCCUGUCCCCACUGCUCCAAGGCCUUCGGGCAGAGCUCCGCGCUGCUGCAGCACUUGCACGUGCAUUCCGGAGAGCGCCCCUACCGCUGCCAGCUCUGCGGCAAGGCCUUCGGCCAAGCUUCCAGCCUCACCAAGCACAAGAGGGUGCACGAGGGCGCAGCUGCGGCAGCUGCGGCAGCCACAGCUGCUGCCACUGGCCUGGGCCUUAGCCCUGCUUCGAUGUUGCGGCCUGGGCAGGUCUCCCUCCCGGGUCCUGAUGCUGCCCCUGUGCUUGGUUCUGGCCUGGGCCCCAGCUCUGGCCUGGGCACGGACCCAUGCUCUGUGCUGGGCUCCCUCCCCAGUCCCAGCCCUAAACCGGGCCCUGGCUCUGAAUCUACCCUCAACCCUGAUCCUGUCAAGUCCUCUGACGCUAAGCCUGGUCAUGAUGCCAAUCCUGACCUUGUGGCCAGCCCUGGCCACGGAUCCGGUCACAGCUCAGACCCAGAUCCUGUGCCCAGCCCCAACCCCAACCCUGAGUCCCGCCCUGACCUCAGCCCUCCCGCCCACGACAGCUCAGCCCUCCCUACCUGUGAGAAUCCUGAAAGGGUGCAGGAGCGAGGGGCACUGCUGGGGCCUGACGGCUGAAAGGGGUGCCAUCACCCAUGGAGGCCUGGAGAAGUUGUGUGUUGUGCAGUUAGUAAAAUCUUCCCACUGCCUGCUC